AUGGCGGAAACAAAAACCAAGUAUGCCGUGGUUACAGGAUCAAACAAAGGGAUAGGAUUCGAGAUUUGCAGGCAGCUGGCGUCACAAGGCGUGACGGUAGUGGUGACAGCCAGAGACGAGAAGAGAGGCCUCGAAGCUGUUGAAAAACUCAAAGGGCUUGGCCUUUCUGAUUUUGUCAUCUUUCAUCAGCUUGAUGUAACCGACCAACCAAGCAUCGCUUCUUUCGCUCAAUUCAUUCACUCCCGUUUCGGCAAGCUUGAUAUCUUGAUUAACAAUGCUGGGAUCGGUGGAACCCUGCUCGACGAUGAUGCUUUCCGAGCCUCGUCUGCGGCUGGUGGUGGUAGUGCUCAAAUAAAUUGGAAAGGGUUGUUGUGUGAGAACUACGAGUUAGCAUUAGCAUGUCUGCAAACAAACUAUUACGGCGCUAAACUCACUAUUGAAGCACUGCUUCCCUUACUCCAUCUCUCUGCUUCACCAACAAUUGUCAAUGUCUCAUCUGCAUCAGGCAAGCUCAAGUACGUAGGCAACGAGUGGGCCAAAGGGGUGCUCAAGGACGUCGAGAAUCUGACAGAAGAUAAAAUCGACGAGGUGGUGAAUGAGUUUCUGGGAGACAUGAAAGAGGGGUGUUUAGAAGCCAAAGAAUGGCCUCAGCUACUUGCUGCUUACACAGUCUCGAAAGCAGCCAUGAACGCCUACACGAGGCUUCUUGCCAAGAAGAAACCUGAUAUCCGGAUUAACAGCGUGUGCCCGGGAUAUGUUAAAACUGACCUCAACUACAGCACGGGGUGCGGACAGUGGAACAAGGAGCAGAAUGUCCAGUGA